AUGGUUCUGAUUCUGAUUGCCCGCCCCCACGACCAUCGAGAAGAACUGCGGGCCAAAGUACGCCAGCGCCGUGGCCCCCGUCGACUGCUGGGCCAGGAAGAUGCCGACCGCGAGCAGGAUGCGGUGCGCGUUGGGGCCCUCGAGGAGCUCGUGUACCGAGAAGCCGGCGCGGGCCCGGCGCUCGUCCUCGAUCCCGGCCCGGAUCUCGGCCAGUUCGUCGACGACCGUCUUGUCGGAGCUCGCCCGGAUCCAUUCCAGGCUCCGUCGGGCCUGCUCGUGCUGGCCCUUGGACACCAGCCACCGGACGCUCUCCUCCAGCGUCAGCACGCCCAGACCCAUGAGCCCGCCGGGCACGAGCUGGAGCGCGAUGGGAAUCUGCCACUGCGCGGGUCCAGAGGGGAUGAACUUCAUCGCGUAGUCGAUCCAGUACGAGAUGAGGAUGCCGAUCGUGAACAUGAACUGGUAGCAGCUACCCAGCCUGCCGCGGAUCUCCUUGGGCGCCAUCUCGGAGAGAUAGAUGGGGAUCACGCUCGACGAGCCCCCGACCCCGAGGCCGCAGAUGACUCGACCCAGGUAGAACACUCCCAGGGAGUGCAGGUUGACGACCUCCAGGACGACUCCCAGGCAGAAACCAGCGAGCAAACGACAAUGGCUACGCGUCGGCCGUGGCGGUUGUUGACGGGCCAGAUGGCGAAGCAGCCCACGAGGGCACCGACCUGCUGGAUGCCGACGGAGAUGGCGCUGACGGAGGUCUCGUCGGAGGGGCCGUAG